GUUAGUGUAUCAUACUAUUUUGUGCGUGCCCUAUUUCUGUUAUUCAUCUUGUUUCAUGUUUCAUGUUUCAUGUUUCAUGUUUUCUGUCUGUGUCUUGAGUCGGUGUCUAUCAGAAACAGUCUCUCUACUUUUUUUUAAGGUAAUAGUAUGAACUACGUACAUUUUAUCCUCCCUAAACCUCAUUUGGUGGGAAUUCACGGGUAUGUUGUUGUAAGGAUUUACAUAACAUAACGAAACCCGUAUCUACAAUCCAGUUUCUACGUACCAUCCACCCCCCCUUCAUCCUUCCCACCAUUAGAUGUAGCACUAAACUUUCCACAAAAGAUACCUCUCUAAAAAAAUUUCUCUGUUUAUGCUGUAAAAUACAUAUCUAAAUAAAAGAGUCACCAAAGUUUUGCAUUUGGCUUUCUUCGCCACUUAAUAAGCAAAUUUUAACUGGCAUGACAUGAACACCCUACAAAAAUGUUUUUUUAAGGCUCUUGAUGUACCUAACUCGCUAAAUCACCAACCAGUAGUUGCAUAGUACACUUCCAAACUAUGCUUAAAUUACAAGACAUUUAUUCUCCUAUUUUACACUAUGCUUAAUCUUGGUUCUACUCCAACUAGCCCACCAAUAUGACAAGCCAUCCCUCACAGAAUCGUAGGAUCCUUUUCAUUUUUCCUCUUGCAUUACUCUCUCUUUUUCUUUUAGGAACUUUUAGAUUUCUACUUGAUAACUUGAAAAACAAUCAAUUCCAAUUUCUAUGGCAAACAAGUUUUUCUAGACAUAGUAAAUUUCUUAGAGUGCCAAUAAAUGUUUCUGAAAAUGAGAUCAUUGAGGAAAGUUGCAAUGUAUUUGAAGGAAACUGGGUUUGGGACAAUGUGACAUAUCCACUUUAUAGAGAAGAGACUUGUCCUUAUUUGGUUAAACAAGUUACUUGUCUAAGAAAUGGAAGGCCUGAUUCUUUAUUUCAGAAUUGGAGAUGGCAGCCUCAUGGUUGCAAUUUGCCCAGGUUCAAUGCUUUGAAGAUGCUGGAGAUGUUGAGAGACAAAAGGCUCAUGUUUAUUGGAGACUCUAUACAGAGAGGCAUGUUUGAGUCGAUGGUCUGUCUAGUUCAAUCAGUGAUUGCAGAUGGUUACCAUUCCAUUAAAAGAGUUCCUCCCAGAAAGAUUUUCAGAAUUGAGGAAUUUAACGCAUCGAUUGAGUAUUACUGGGCUCCUUUCAUGGUUGAAUCCAUAUCAGAUCAUGCAACUAAUCAUACUGUAAUGAAGCGACUAGUUAAGCUUGACUCUGUAGAAAAGCAUAGCAAGCUUUGGGAAGGAGUUGAUAUCUUGGUUUUUGAAAGCUAUGUGUGGUGGAUGCAUAAACCUUUCAUAAAUGCAACUUAUGGAUCUCCUGAAAAUGUUAGAGAAUAUAACGUAACAACAGCAUAUAGAUUGGCGUUGGAAACAUGGGCAAAUUGGAUAGAGUCGAGCGUUAAUCCUCAAAAGCAAAAGGUCUUCUUUGCGACCAUGUCCCCGACACAUUUAUGGAACUGGGAAUGGAAAGGUGGAAUUGAUGGAAACUGUUUUAAUGAAACACAACCAAUCCUAGAACUCUACUGGGGAACUGGUUCAAACCUUGAAAUCAUGUCAAUAUUGAAAGAUGUUAUUGGAAAACUGCAAGUUGAUGUGCGCUUGCUGAAUAUUACGCAGUUGUCUGAGUACAGAAAAGAUGGUCACACUUCAGUUUUUGGUGAACGGCGGGGAAAACUUUUGACUAGAGAACAAAGAUCGGAGCCAAAGACUUAUGCUGAUUGCAUACACUGGUGCUUACCAGGAGUACCUGAUACAUGGAAUGAGUUGUUAUAUGCUAUUUUUUUGCAAGAUUACCGCAACCAUUGAUACAAAUUUUCGUUUAGUUGUUCCAUUUUGGAACUGUUGUUUAGAAAUGAUUCUCUUUUUAUUUUUCUUACCAUUUCUGAAUCUUUAGACCAUAACAUUAGAGUUGAAACUGACAUAGUAUGAAAGGAUAAGUUUUUGAGGGGUGAAGUGAGUCGAAACAUGAACCAUAAAGGUGUUUUUGAGCUCAAAAUCAAACGGAGGAAUAUUUGAUUCAUUUUCAAAAUUGGGGUAUUCCUGACCCUUUUCCCAUUAAUUACUGCACUUGGUUUUGGUUUUUUA